AUGUUCAUGGACGUAACUGAUAAGGAUCAGACACUAACCUGCCCCGUGGCUUCCAGUAUUCAGUUGAUGACACUGACUGAAAGCAAGCUUGACAGCAAGUCUUUCUCUAUGAAGUCUGAGGAUGGUAAAGUUAACACAACCCUGCCAGCUACAAGCCUGGAGAACAGAGAAACUAAUGUUACCGCGUCCUCUGGCAAGGCUGAAAGGGAGGUGAAUGAAAUCAAGGAAAAUAAACGCCGUGAACCAAUCGUGGUAUUCAUCGGUCAUUCUGACAGUGAAGAACUAAGUAAAGAUGAAUCAUCUGAACUUCCAAAAUUUACGCCCUCGUCCUUCUUUGGUUUGCACCCCGAAAUCCGUUCAUCAAACCGACAAGAAAACGAUGACGUUAUGUUUCUUGGCGUUAUGGAAUACUAUGGUAUGGCUUCAAAUAAAACAGUUCGAAUUCAUGAAUACCAUGAUACCGUUGCAAGCCUUGACCGUAGGGAAGAAGAAACUUCCACUGCACUGGGAACGUCUUCCACUGAGAAAACUCAUCCCAAGGAAAAGGGGCUUGCACUGCAGCCGAAGGACACUGAGAUCGGAACCUUUUCUCUUCUGGAUGAACCUCAGUCUACCUUGAGAAAUGAAACCUUGUCCGAUUUGGUUGACACAAAAAACCAAACAACCAAUGUUAACUCAGAGAAAGCAGAUGAACGCAAUGAGAAUGUUAAAAUAUUCAUUGAUACACUCACUUCAUCUAAUAACACCAAGGAAGAUUUAUUGAUCUGUCUAAAUCAGCCUCUAACUGGUGGCUCCUCGUUAAACAAGGUUCACAGUGGAGUGUGCAUGAAGGACGGUGAAAGGCUUGGCCUCCGUAUUGAUGAUUUACCUUCCCUGACAACCGAGUACCAAGAUAUUACAUUCCUGCGAGGUUCAACUGCCAAGAAAUCGCGGAGUAGGUGGAUGACCAACCUGGCCAAAGACGAGUCUACGCAUGCUUUUUACAUCACUGGUUUGAAUCAAAGUGGCACGGUAAGCGAUAAGUAUCGUUGAUAAGUAAGGGUCAGUUCUGCGCGAGUACUGAGUUGACCUAUGCCAGUAGUAGUCUAGAUACAACUCUGAAUAUUCUUUUUUCUAGAAACGUAUUGGAUUUUUUAUUGCUAGGAUUUCGGCUCUGAAAUGAAUUUAAGACCCAAUCUGGCCAAAAGAUGGAACUUCGUUUCGAUAGUUCCGAAUUAAGCACCACAAUAAAUCCCAGUGUUUCCUUCUACCAGCUGCAUUGAUUAUAUUGCCCCAAUCUCACAAGUGCUUACGCGUGCACUUUCGGCGCAUUGGCCCGUUAGUCAAAAGUCCCGUUAAUUUUCGGGCCCGAAAUCAAAUAUUCAACUAACACAAAACACUAAAAGGAGGCUGAAAAACUGUGUAGGAAGGUGAGGCCUGCUGCACGACUAAAGUUAUAUAAUCAAUAGGUAACAGACAGGGAUAAAUAAAAGAUGUACUGAAAGAUUCUAUGAUUUAAUAACAGCAAUGUAGAAAGAUUUGAAAUUGAGACUACAAUAUGAUUGUCUUUUCUCUGUUUCUUUUUUUUUUUCUCGUUGAACAAAAUAUAUUUUACUCCAACAUAAUUUGUCUUUGUUUUGAAUUUCCUUUCUGUUAAUUGUGUUUCUUUCUUUUGAUGAAGGAAUGUUGUUCGAAGAAGACUAGUCUAUCAGUAGACUCAAGCUGGUUCAUUACAAGGCUGUGGAACAGAGGUUUGGUAUCUGUUGGCUUGCGUAAGCCCAGCAGCGUUCCCCGGAAAACAACAAAACGACCACAGUAUCAGCGACUGACAGAUGUACCAGUCAGCGUGAAUGUGUUUGAGAUAUGUAUGACAGAGAUAAAUCAAACUGGCCCGGUAAGUAUCUUUUCUUGUCGUUUGUUAUAUUGCAUUGCUAUGAGGAUAUAUACGAGAAUUCCUACACGCUUUUCCUUUAAUAAAUUGUAGGUUCAAAUUUGGAAUGCUGUAAAACAAGUUAACCAAAACCUUUGUACUGUAACUUCAAAUAUUUUAAUCGAGCAUAAAAUUACCGCGUAAUUAAGUUUGAUUUUAAUUACUUGUUGCUGUUUUUGUUGCUGCUCGAUCUGAUCAAAGCUACUUCGGUUCUACCGUCUCAUCGAGAUUUGCAAUGAUAGAAAUGACUCCUUUUUAAUUAGGCAUGCUGGUCAAUUACAAUUACAAUUACAACUCCGCCUUUUGCCCUGUUUCAGAGUUAACCCAGGAUGAGAACUAACCGGUACUUGGACAAAUUUAGCCAGGAUUAUUCUAUGUUUCAAUGUAUUUCACUAAAAGUUAUUUUUACUUAACGAAGAAUAUAAUUAAGGUAAUAAUAGUUUGAAAGUGAAUCGUAUAUCUUUUUCUUUCUCGAAUUAGGAAACACCAUGUUGCACAAAAAAAGCUGCCAGACGCCAAGCUGAAUCAGAGUCUUACACUACAAAACUGUGGAUCAAGGGCGUGGAGUUUGCAGACUGGAUCCGAUCAAAUGAAACUCGGGAAAAGGCUUGGGAUCUAGCGAAUUGUAAGUAUAGAGUGUUUUCACAUGACGUCACGGCGGCCAUAUUGGUGUCCCAAUAAAUUUGCCUAUAUGCUGGCCACGUGAGUGAAAACACUCUAUUCAGGUGCCUUUAAUCUUUGCAGUCAUUCCUUUUACGCCCAGAGGAAUAGAACAACAACAGCCUACGAUUGCUUUACAUCUCUAGUUUAAUCCAAAAGAAAUAUAAAUCUCUCCCAGUAUAUUUCUUCUACUUUGAAAAUAUGUAUUGAUUGAUCAUUUUGUGAGUCGAAACUGGAUUUGAAAGUGACAUGUCAAUCUUUGCUUUGUUUGUUUGUUUGUUUGUUUGUUGUUUCUUAAUUGCGAAAUUGUUUUUGUUCAUACUGAAUUAAAUUAAUAAAAUACUUCCCAAAAGUUGUUAUGUAACAGCGGAAAUAUUUUUGAGAUAACGAUGCUUAAUCCGAAGGAAAACAAUGAACAGUUUUGAUCCUCACAUUCAAUAUUGCAGGUUUGAUCCUUGCAAUUAACUGAUGUUUAUUAACUCUCUUCACGGAGUUAGUGUAGAAAUAUAAGGAAUUUUGUGUCUGCGCCUUGUUUGUUAAAGAUUACUUACUAUCGCUCAAUCUCUUUUCAGUUUAUUCGACAAAAUUCCUUACGAAAAUGAUGAACUGGACCUGGCAGGACACGUUUGAUAUGAUGACUAUGAUCUUGGCGACUGAAUGUUGCUACACGGCCAUGUACCUCGCAAUUCCUUUGAUUAUAAGCAUCAUCAAAAGUUUUAUUCGAAUGUUGAUUCAAAAAUGGAGGUAA